GUCUCAGCUGGAGUGGUUGAAUCAAGGAGAGCUAUUCACGACACAAAAGUAAACAACAAAAUCGCUUUACGGCAGUGAACAUGGCUUCUGUCUUCAGCGGUGUGCUGCAGCUGACAGAUCUGGAUGACUUUAUCACUCCUUCUCAGGAAUGUGUCAAACCUGUUAAAAUAGAGAAGAAACAAGGUUCUUUGGCCAAAAUUCAAAUAGAAGAUGAUGGCAGUUACGUCCAAGUCAACCAGGAUGGUGGGAAGCAGAAGCUGGAGAAAGCGAAGAUCUCACUGAAUGACUGUCUGGCCUGCAGUGGCUGCAUCACCUCAGCUGAGAGCGUCCUCAUUCAGCAGCAGAGCCACGAGGAGCUCUUAAAAGUGCUGCUAAACAACAAGGCCAACGCAGACGAGCAGAAGGUGGUGGUGGUGUCGGUGUCACCGCAGUCCAGAGCGUCCCUCGCAGCACGCUAUGACCUCAGCAGCAGUGAGGCAGGCAGGAGGCUCACUUCUUUCUUCAAAGGCCUUGGAGUUCAUCAUGUCUUUGAAACGACGUAUAGUCGGACCUUCAGCCUGCUGGAGAGCCAGAGAGAGUUCGUGGAGCGUUUCAAGAGGAAGGAGCAGGACAGCAAGAGACUUCCCAUGAUGACAUCAGCCUGUCCAGGUUGGAUUUGCUAUGCAGAGAAGACCCACGGGGAGUUUAUUCUUCCUUACAUUAGUACCACUCGCUCCCCCCAAGCGAUGAUGGGCUCUCUGGUUAAAGGCUAUUUUGCUGAGCAACAGGGGCUAACUCCAAAGCAGAUCUACCAUGUGGCAGUAAUGCCCUGCUUUGACAAGAAACUUGAGGCCUCGAGGUCAGAGUUCUACCUGGAUGAAGCUGAGACGCGAGAAGUGGACUGCGUCAUCACAUCUGGAGAGGUUCAGAGAAUGCUGGAGGAGAAAAAUGUGUCUCUUAAUGACGUGGAACCUGUACCGCCAGACAUAAUGUUCAGCAGUGUGAGCGGGGGUGAGUUCCUGAGCCAUGCUGGGAGCGGGUCAGGGGGUUACCUCCAUCAUGUCUUCACCUACGCUGCCAAGCAGCUGUUUGGAGAGGAGGUGAAGCAGCUCACCUACAGGACCCUCCGGAAUAAAGACUUCCAGGAAGUGACUCUAGAGAGAGACGGAGUUGUCCUGUUGUGCUUUGCUUCCACAUACGGCUUCCGCAACAUCCAGAACCUGGUGCAGAAACUCAAGAAGGGGAAGUCGCCUUACGACUUUGUGGAAGUUAUGGCCUGUCCGUCAGGCUGUCUAAAUGGAGGUGGACAGGUUAAGCCCUUACCUGGUCAGACGCCAAAGGAGCUUCUCGCGAAGGUCGAGGCGCUCUACAAGGCGGAGCGCCCCCUAUCGCCAGAAGAUGACAUCCGCGUGUCCGAGCUGUACCGGUCCUGGCUCCACAGCGUAGGGGAGGAGAGAGCCAGAGCGUUUCUGCACACGGGCUACCACACCGUGGAGAAGAUGACAAACGGACUCGCUAUGAAGUGGUGAAGAAAGCGUGAUUAGUAGAGAUUUUUUUUCAACAAGCACUGACUACACAACCGUCCAAAUAAAUGUUUCUGUCUCUGUUCAGAGAGAAGAGAGGGGUUAUGGGCAAAGUCAAAUAUAAGCUGGUUUGACAUGUGCCAAUAACCUUUUAAACCACCUUUCUCCUUGUCUAAACAUUGUGUGCCUGGCAAGAAGACCACGAGCGUAGAUGAUAGACACAAUGCUGAAGCUAAACCACAUCAUGUAUACGGUCUGAUCAUUUGCCCUUAUACUGCUGAUUGUCCUUUCAAAUGUAUAAAUAUAGAAUAAUACAUUUGUGGGGCGCCUGUUACACUUCGAAAAUGUGAGCUGAAAUAACACAAAGCAAAAUGUAAUCAUUCCUUGUUUAUUUAAUCUUAUAUAUAUUGAAAAAAUAAAGAUUUUAUUUAAUUGUA